UUUACCGUCGUACCCGGAACUGCUUCCAAGAUUUUUUUCUGGUUUGAUAAACGCUGCAGGCUCCCGGACCCUAGGCAUCCUAGACCUUUGGGGGCCGCGAGAGCGCCCCCUUGUUCCGCCCCUUGGCGGGUUCAGCUUCCACCACCAUGGCUCCUGUUUCAGGCUCGCGUAGCCCUGAACGGGAGGCCUCUGGGGGAAAACGUCGCAGUUCGUCGAGGAGCCCUAAGCCCAGCAAAUCUUCCCGCUCCCCGCGGGGUCGCCGCUCCCGCUCGCGCUCUUGUUCUCGUCUCUGUGACCGGAAUGGGCUCAGCCAUUCGCUCAGUGGCUUCAGCCAAAGCUCUCGAAAUCAAUCUUACCGCUCCCGCUCUCGAUCGCGCUCUCGAGAGCGGCCCUCUGCGCAGCGGAGUGCCCCUUUUGCUUCUGCAUCCUCGUCUGCCUAUUAUGGCGGCUACUCGCGCCCCUACGGGGGCGACAAGCCAUGGCCAAGCCUGCUGGACAAGGAGAGAGAGGAGAGUCUGCGGCAGAAGAGAUUAAGUGAAAGAGAGAGAAUUGGAGAAUUGGGAGCUCCUGAAGUUUGGGGACUUUCUCCAAAGAAUCCUGAACCAGACUCUGAUGAACAUACACCAGUAGAGGAUGAAGAGCCAAAGAAAAGCACUACUUCAGCAUCUAGUUCAGAAGAUGAGAAGAAGAAGAAAAGGAAAUCUAGUCAUUCAAAAGAAAGAUCCAAGAAAAAGAGAAAGAAAAAGUCAUCUAAAAGAAAACAUAAGAAGUAUUCUGAAGAUAGUGACAGUGACUCUGAAUCUGACACAGACUCCAGUGAUGAAGAUACAAAAAGAAGAGCAAAGAAAGCUAAGAAAAAGGAAAAGAAGAGGAAACGGAGAACGAAGAAAUACAAGAAAAAGAAGUCCAAGAAGAACAGAAAAGAGUCUAGUGAUUCAAGCUCUAAAGAGUCCCAAGAAGAAUUUCUAGAGAAUCCUUGGAAGGAUCGAUCAAAGGCAGAAGAACCAUCAGAUCUCAUUGGCCCAGAGGCUCCCAAAACACUUGCCUCCCAAGAUGAUAAGCCUUUGAAUUAUGGCCACGCUCUGUUACCUGGUGAAGGUGCAGCUAUGGCUGAAUAUGUAAAAGCUGGAAAGCGAAUCCCACGAAGAGGUGAAAUUGGCUUGACAAGUGAAGAGAUCGCAUCAUUUGAAUGUUCGGGUUACGUAAUGAGCGGUAGCAGGCAUCGCCGAAUGGAGGCUGUGCGGCUGCGGAAAGAGAACCAGAUCUACAGUGCGGAUGAGAAGAGAGCCCUUGCAUCCUUUAACCAGGAAGAAAGACGGAAGAGGGAGAACAAGAUUCUGGCCAGCUUUCGAGAGAUGGUGUACAGAAAGACCAAAGGGAAGGACGACAAGUGACGACUUGCUGGCUUUACAAGUGGGCAGUUUUAACAAGGGAAUUGUGGGUUCUAGACAUAAAAGAAGGUUAUUGUUUUGUUUGUGUUUGGGGUUAUUUUUUGAUGUAUGGUUUCAAGUAGUCCAGGUUGGCCUCAAGCUUUGUAGCCAAGGAUACUCUGAACUCUUGGGUGUCCUGCCUCCAUCUUCCAAGUGUUGAGACUCCAGAUGGGUGCCACCAUGCCCAGCCAAAAAGGCUGUUGUGCUCUGAAGUGGCUUUUCAGUGCUUCUGUGCCUUCGGAAUCCUUCAGUCCUUCAGUAACAGAUGCUUGUUGAUAUAAUUAGUAAGUUACUUGGGGCUUUUUAAGAUUGACCCUAACUUUCUGGUUUGAAAGUCCAAAUUCUGAAGGAAAUCCUGCAAUGUUAGGAAGGCGGCAUAGCGAGAAAGUGUCAACAGAAUAAGAAACUUCAAUCGCACUCUGUGAUUUGGUGUGAAUAUUUUUAGCUCCAUUCAGUGUCUGCCCCUACCCCAGCCGAACUUGGGAAUUUCAUAUCUCUGUCUUGAAUGUGUUACAAAUGGGCUAGACAGAAACUAUGUAGGAGGCUAUUUCUGUUAACAAAAUGAUGGUGUUGCUGUAAAAGGCAAUGCUGGAAUUUGAAAACUGACUUGUUUCUAUAGUCAGCCCUAGAAAUGUAUUUUGGGCUAAGUCUACCUCCGCUCUAAAAACAAGCAAACCAAAAGUCUAACUCACAUAUGUGUGGAAUAGAAAAUGUGAACAUUAGAUGUUGUAAGUUCUUAAUAAAUUACUUAAAACAGUUCUUUCCAUGGCCAGGGUAUAGCUCAGCAUUAGAACAUGUGCUUAGCAUGCGUGCGGCCCUGAGCUGCAUCCCCAACAGUGCAAAAAAAAUUUUUUUCAAAUACAGUCUUGGGAAGUCUGUUGUCGUGCCAAUGUAAGAGGACUAUUUCUAUCUAAACUGAUAUUUAAUGAUAGGAUAAUAUGUAAAAGAAUGAGUGUCAGGAGUGCUAAUGAGGGAAAAUAUAAGUCAGUAUUUUAAUUAGCUGUUUCAUGAUGAUGAAAGUAAAAUAGUAAACGUUUUCAAUUGUGUCCUUUAUGUAGUUGGAUUUCUUUUUUGAGACAGAGUCUCACUAUGUAGCCCUGGAUGGCCUGGGACUCCUAGAGUUCUGACUGCCUCUGCCUUCCUGGUGCUAGGAUUAGAGGUGUGUGCCACUGCACCUGGCUAUCAGAUUUGAUUUUAAACAUUGUUAAGCUCUUCAGCUUUUUUAUAUCUAUCAAUGUCUUUAAUCCUUAACUUUGUAGAAACGCUCCUCACUUUAUCACUGUUUGAUAAGUUUAAUAUAUGUUCUGGGGAAAUGUGUUUUUUAACCCACAACUGCUGAACUGAUCAGCAGUUAGCAUGUAGUAACAUCUGUGAUCUUUGGACUUGAAACUGUUUCACUGUAUCUAUACUUCUCAGUCUAGUAAGUCUGUAGUUUCCUAAAGUUUAAUGGAAGCUAGGUUCCAAAGUUGGAAGUCUUAUUAAUCCAUACACUUCCUCCUGUAAUACAAUGUAAAGUUUAUAAUCCCUACUUUAAAAUUUAUUCUGUAGGGGCAUUAUUUUUUGUUAACUGGCUCCUAGCAACUGGAUGAAUAUGUUUUUAUUUUUCAUAGGCAAUGUAGUUUAAAUGUGACAAGUUUGUGGCGUAUAAGUAUUAUGGGUUUUAUUUUGAUUCUUCUUCUCCAUAGAGUAGAUAUACUCAAUGAAAGAAAAGGUAGGAAUUUAUUUCAAAACCUACCAUUCCUUGCAUCGGAGGUCAUUUGAAUAAGAUCUGCAAAGAAUAGUGUCAACGACAGAUCCUUAAAAAAAGUAGAAGGCUAAAAGUAUUUUAUUUUCAGCUGAUUUGUGUUAUUGCUUCAAACUGUGUUUUGUCACCGGAGCUCUAAUUCAGCCAUUGUUUCCCAAAGCAAAUCUUCCUGGUUUACAAAACACACACACACACACACACGCACACAUUUCUAAUCAAACAAAACAUUGAGCUAGGAAAUUUCUUCUUUGUUACAUUCCCAAUGAACAAGAUAGUGGCUAGAGUUCUGUCUGUAUUCUUCCUAGUUCUGUCUGUAUUCUUCCUAGUUCUGUCUGUAUUCUUCCUAGUUCUGUCUGUAUUCUUCCUAGUUCUGUCUGUAUUCUUCCUAGUUCUGUCUGUAUUCUUCCUAGUUCUGUCUGUAUUCUUCCUAGCUCUGUCUGUAUUCUUCCUAGUUCUGUCUGUAUUCUUCCUAGUUCUGUCUGUAUUCUUCCUAGCUCUGUCUGUAUUCUUCCUAGCUCUGUCUGUAUUCUUCCUAGCUCUGUCUGUAUUCUUCCUAGUUCUGUCUGUAUUCUUCCUAGUUCUGUCUGUAUUCUUCCUAGCUCUGUCUGUAUUCUUCCUAGUUCUGUCUGUAUUCUUCCUAGUUCUGUCUGUAUUCUUCCUAGCUCUGUCUGUAUUCUUCCUAGUUCUGUCUGUAUUCUUCCUAGUUCUGUCUGUAUUCUUCCUAGUUCUGUCUGUAUUCUUCCUAGUUCUGUCUGUAUUCUUCCUAGCUCUGUCUGUAUUCUUCCUAGUUCUGUCUGUAUUCUUCCUAGUUCUGUCUGUAUUCUUCCUAGUUCUGUCUGUAUUCUUCCUAGCUCUGUCUGUAUUCUUCCUAGUUCUGUCUGUAUUCUUCCUAGCUCUGUCUGUAUUCUUCCUAGUUCUGUCUGUAUUCUUCCUAGUUCUGUCUGUAUUCUUCCUAGUUCUGUCUGUAUUCUUCCUAGUUCUGUCUGUAUUCUUCCUAGUUCUGUCUGUAUUCUUCCUAGUUCUGUCUGUAUUCUUCCUAGCUCUGUCUGUAUUCUUCCUAGCUCUGUCUGUAUUCUUCCUAGUUCUGUCUGUAUUCUUCCUAGCUCUGUCUGUAUUCUUCCUAGUUCUGUCUGUAUUCUUCCUAGCUCUGUCUGUAUUCUUCCUAGUUCUGUCUGUAUUCUUCCUAGUUCUUUAGGCCCAUGUAAAAUCUGUGUAGAACUAUUGUAAUUGAAAUACUUAUUUUGUUCUCUAAAGAGACAAGCUAGUUUCUCACCUCUUCACCAGUUGUUCAUGGGAUUUUCUCUCCUUUUUUGAAUUUGUUGUACAAAGAUAAUAGUAAAAAAUAGAAAAGUUGCUCAGUCCUACCACAUGUAUUGUUACAAGUAUUCUGUGUUCCUUGUAUGUCUUUGUCACUCAAAGUGUAGAGUAAUUUUGUCUUGAGUAUUUUAAAAUUGUGUGACCAGGCUUAGGAGUCUUAUUGGGAAAGUAGGAAUACAUGAUGAUUCACUGUGAAGGUAGAAACAAGACCAGAAAUAAAUAUGGGUGGUAACCCGUCUCUGUUUCAUUGUAAUAAUAAACAUGAUGAAGUGUUCUAGAAGCCAAAACAUUCCCUUUCAGAGUUUGGCAUUGAGGCUUACCUUAUAGUAGAAGAGGUCUGUGAGUAGGAGAACCUUUCAGACUGCUUAGGAUGAGCUACAGAAUUGUUGCCAUUUUGUUACCCAGCAUACCCAUAAAAAUGUGUAUCAAGCCUGGAGGUAGGCACAGAGAAGGACCAAACAGCUAAGGGCCAAUGGGUGAACUUUAGCAAUGUUUGAAAUUCAACUCUGUACUUGCCAGACUCCAAAAUCAUGAUGUAGUGUUGAGAAAAAUCUUUUCAAAAACAACAACAACAAAACUUACUACAGAAUGGAUAAUGAAUAAAAGCAAAAACGCAGUUGGGUUGUGUACUACAAGUUUAUUAUUCAAUAAAUAUUAUGUGGUUUGA